UCAUUCAUACUAAUACUGAAAGGGAGUGUAUGACAGUAGGACUCUGUUUCCACCUGCAGAGUCCACUCAGACAGUCAGAUUCUCGAAUCAUCUCCCUUUCAAACAAAACCUCACCCUCUGUCUUCAUCCAAAAUUAAAAAACCUCAUUCACUCUCACCUCGAAUCCGCAACUUCCCAUAUUUUCCCACGCACUUCAAAACAAAAAGGCAGAAAAAAAUUUCUACUUACCCAUUUUCUUGUAGUUUCCCUCAGACCCCCAAACACCCCCUGUUAUCUUCACAGACUCAAUGCAGAGCCUAGACCACCCAUUUCAAUUCAAAACCUCAAAAACCCAAUAAAACCCAGAAAGCAAAAGGUAAAUAACACCCCAAACUCCCACACUUUUCUACCCAUUUGGGCAUUUUACUUCAAAACCUCAAAACCCAGAGCCAAAGACUUAAAAAGAUCAAAACUUUCUCACAUUUCUCUCAAACCAAAACAUGCAUUCCCUUCUCGCUGUUCUCCUUCUCCUUCUUCUCUUAACCCCUCUUUGUCUCUCCUCAGUGUCUGAGCUCCAGGCUCUCAUGGCCAUGAAGGCCUCUCUGGACCCACAAAACCAGUUCUUGACUUCAUGGACUCCUCAUUCUGAUCCAUGUGGUGAUGAUUUUGAAGGUGUGGCUUGCAAUGAGCAAGGCCUUGUGACCAAUAUCUCUUUGCAAGGGAAGGGACUCUGGGGACAGAUACCCUCAUCUGUGGGUGACCUGAAGAGCCUCACAGGCCUGUACCUCCACUUCAAUGCCUUGAGUGGGAAAAUCCCAAAGGAGAUUGCUAAUUUGGACCAGCUUAGUGACUUGUAUCUAAAUGUGAAUAAUCUCUCUGGAACAAUUCCUAGGCAGAUUGGUAACAUGUCUAAUCUUCAAGUUCUGCAGCUGUGUUAUAACAAGUUGACUGGUGGCAUACCUACAGAACUGGGACAUCUUAGGAGCCUAACUGUCCUUGCAUUGCAAUCCAAUCAGUUAACGGGGGCGAUUCCUGCUAGUUUGGGAGAGCUGGAUACAUUAACAAGGUUGGAUUUGAGCUUUAAUAACUUUUUUGGUCCUAUUCCUGCAAGGUUAGCUGAUGCCCCUAUGCUACAAGUACUUGACAUCCGAAACAAUAUCCUCUCUGGCAAUGUACCUCCAGCUCUGAGGAGACUUAAUGGAGGAUUCCAAUACGAAAACAACCCUAGGUUAUGUGGUGUUGGGUUUUCUGACUUAAAAGUUUGCAAUGCUAAUGCUCAGAACCCAAACAUGCCACAACCUUAUGAACCUAAUAACCUUUCUGCAAAAGAUCUUCCAAACUCACCUCCUGCAAAAGAUAUCCCCGAGUCGGCUAAUGUACAGUCCAAUUGCAGCCAAUCCCGCUGUUCAGGAGCAUCAAAAUCUACCCAAGUUGGUAUAGUUCUUGGGGUGAUCGGAGUUGUUGUUGCUUUAACUGUAGCUGGACUCUUCAUGUUCUCAUGGUAUCGACGGAGGAAACAGAAGAUUGGGAAUUCUUUUGACACAUUUGAUAGCAGGCUUAGCACUGAUCAGGCAAAGGAGGUUUACAAGAAGACCGUGUCUCCUCUUAUCAGUCUGGAGUAUUCGAAUGGAUGGGACCCGUUGGCUAAAGGUAACGGCGGGUACUCUCAAGAAGUUCUUGAGAGCUUUAUGUUCAAUUUGGAAGAAGUGGAGCGUGCAACUCAGAGCUUUUCGGAACUGAAUCUGCUGCGCAAGAGCAAUUUUUGUUCCAUGUACAAAGGGAUCCUAAGAGAUGGAUCAGUUGUUGCUGUAAACUGCAUUGGCAAGACGAGCUGCAAGUCUGAUGAAGCUGAAUUUUUGAAGGGACUGAAGAUUUUGACCUCCUUAAAACACGAAAAUCUUGUUAGGUUGAGAGGAUUUUGCUGUUCAAAAGGAAGGGGAGAGUGGUUUCUUAUCUAUGACUUCGUCCCAAAUGAAAGUCUAUUACAGUAUCUUGACAUUAAAGAUGGUAGUGGGGAGGUUCUUGAAUGGUCAACCAGAGUAUCUAUAAUCAAUGGCAUUGCUAAAGGUAUUGGGUAUUUGCAUGGUAAUAUAGGCAACAAACCAGCUAUAGUUCACCAGAGUAUAUCAGCUGAGAAGGUGCUUAUUGAUUCCCACUAUAACCCUUUACUCUCAGAUUCGGGUUUGCACAAACUCCUGGCAGCUGAUAUUAUCUACUCGAUGCUCAAACCCAGUGCUGCCAUGGGAUACUUGGCUCCAGAGUAUGUGACCACUGGUCGCUUCACCGGAAAGAGCGAUGUCUAUGCCUUUGGUAUGAUUAUAUUUCAAAUCCUCUCUGGGAAACGCAAAAUCACUAAUGUUACUCGUCAAGGGGCUGAGGUAGGCAGGUUUGAAGAUUUCAUUGACGCGAACCUUGAGGAGAGGUUUUCAGAAUCUGAGGCAACUAAACUCGGAAGAAUUGCUCUUCAUUGCACCCAGGAGUCUCCCAAUCACAGGCCAUCCAUAGAAUAUGUGGUCAAAGAACUAAGUGAGUUUAUCUGGACUUGAUGAUCUUAUGAAGUUACUGUCUCAAUUUCCGAAUGACUGGAUCAGGGCUUUAUAUGAAGCAAUUAACUGUUGACUGAUGCUGAAGUUUUGUUCUUCCAACUCUUGUGUCCUUUUCUUGAAGACCCAAGUUGUCUUAAAAUGGUAAUGUAUGUAUGUACUAGUUAUUGUAAUUUAUGAAAGGAUAUAUUCAUCCUUAUUAGUCUUUGUUGAACUUAAGUCAUUAGAGAGUUCAAUUAGCAACACUAAUUAUUUGUAGCUUUACAUAAUAACUGGUAGAAGCUAUUGUGUUUCAACUUUCAUUAGCAUGGUAUUCCUUGUAAACUAAGAAUUUGUGUGAAAUUGUAAGUGGAGGCAAGUUUAACUUCCUGGAUUUGCAAGCUAC